AUGGCGACAAAGACCGACUACCAGGUUGCCUCGCUGGCAGCCGGCUUCACCAUUGGAUUCGGUUUCUUGACGGUAUGGGAGGCGGCGAAACAGACAAGGAGGAACAAGAAUCCCCUCAGGAGUUCGUACAUCUACAUGGUAUGGGGGGAAAUUGUCGCCAAUCUCUGCAUUGCUGUCAUCGGUUGGGUGUUCCUCGAUGGUAUCUUUGGACCUACCGUCCCUGUCCUUUUCUUUAUCUUAUUCCUAUGGGUUUUCGAAGUUCAGCUCCUGAUGCAGAUCAUCAUCAACCGGAUAGCUAUUAUCCACGAGAGUCCUAAACAUGUCGCAUGGAUGAAAUGGGGAACGGUAGUCAUCAUCACAACCAUCAAUAUCCUCGUGUUCUGCAUUUGGAUUCCCGCCCACACCAACCCUCCGGCUAGCGAAUUGUUUGUUCAUAUCAAUGAGUACUGGGACAGGAUAUCCAAGGUUCUCAUUCUGAUUGUAGACGCCGGCCUGAACUGGUAUUUCCUAAGGGUGGUCAAGAAGCGUCUCCUGGAUCACUAUGGCCUAGUCAAGUACAAGCCACUUGUCAGCUUCAACGCAAAGCUCAUGGUUGUUUCUAUUCUCAUGGACGUCAUGUUGAUUGGACUCAUGUCUCUACCCAACCAAGUGGUCUACAUCCAGUUCCACCCUGUGGCAUACAUGGUCAAGCUCAACAUUGAAAUGUCCAUGGCCUCGCUCAUUACGCGCCUAGCCCGCACUGGCGCCAACGACGUCCAUAUGAACACCCUCUCCGAAUCGGACCGCCGGCGUGCAUAUGGCACUGACGAACACACCCAUACCAGCCGCGAUGUCGGCCUCAAGUCGUUUACACAGUCCAGGGUUCGAGGAGGACUCGAAGCGCAGGAUAACGAUUUUGCCGGCAUCCAAAGGACCGUGGAUUUCAAUGUCACGGUACAACAGGCGAGCCCUUCAGAAAGCACCCGCAAGGGACAUGUAACGUUCGACAAGAUGGAUGACGAAGUAUCUCUGACGCACCAUGCCGGCCACCCUACCGCCAGUAUCAAGGAGGUUGACGGACGGAGCUCAUCAGCAAGCGAAAAGUCCCGCUAA